UUUGCUGCAUGUUUCCAUGGUCACCAGUGUUUGCAUUAGUUGUUAAGUUGGACAGUCUGUGUGUGGUGCAGUGGUGAAACCACUCGGUGGACAUCUGAAACUGUAUUAAAAUGGUAAAAGGUGGAAAGCGAUAUUCUUCAAUGAGCAAUGAUGGCAAAUGGUUUGCUCAUCCAGUUUUACCAGGAAAUGAGACAAGGAAUCGUGAGACUUGUACAAGCACUGGGAUCAUGCUGACUCAGGUUAAACCAUCAUUGCCUCAGGCUUUGUACUUCGAGCGCUAUCCUAAAUGGAAAACUCAGCAGGAAUCCAGACAGUAUCCAUUCUCAGACCAUGACAACAAGCAUGCCUUCAAAGACAACAUCUCUGUCUUCACUCAUGGUGUGGGACGCAGAAAGUGUCUUGAUGAUCACAGACAGCACAACUCCCACUUCUGCCUGUGCCACGAUGGAGCUGACAGCAGCACUGAAAAGACUGGGGGGAGCAUCAAGGUCUACCAGACUGACUUUAUGGUGAAGCAGGCUGUUAAUGUUCCAACCAGCACCAGACGGUUCCCCCGCAACCACAAGCAGAAGUCUGCAGAGGCAGCUUUGGCACAGGCAGGGGAGCCAUUCAUGUGGUUCGGACGACACGAUUCUGACCUCUCAGAGACCCUGCAAGUGCUGGCAGCUACCAACUACUCUGCACCUUCCAAGCCCUGAGAUACUCCUACAUUUAAGGCACUAGAUCGUUCAUCAUUGAGAGGGCAUAGCAUAGAGAGGGUCCGGUGAGGUUUCUGGAGGGCGCAGCUGUCAAAUAAAUAACUGAUUUAAAAACUUCA